ACAACAACUUGGAGCAUUUUAUCAUUCGGGUAAAGCCUUAUAAGGUUGAAUUACUGAAGUACACAUUGUUCCUUAUUCUAAAUACCAAAAAAUAGUAAUUUGGGUCUUUAAUAGUAAGGCAGAACAACUUGGAGAAUGAUUUUACAGAUAAACCCCAUCUCCUCUCUGAUAGAGCUCUCUGUCUCUCUCUUUCUCUCUUUCUUUCUCUUUCUAAAAUGGCCGGAGGAUCUUUUGGGCCGACUGGUGUAGCAAAAGAGAGAGCAGAUCAAUAUCAAGGCCGGUUGACCCUGGUUGUGGUCACGGCUUGCAUGGUUGCAGCAAUAGGAGGCUCCAUCUUUGGCUAUGACAUUGGAAUUUCAGGAGGAGUGACAUCCAUGGAUCCUUUUCUGGAGAAGUUCUUUCCUGUGGUGUAUAGGAAGAAAAAAUUUCAAUCAAAGAAUAAUAAUUACUGCAAGUACGAUAAUCAGGGCCUCUCCACCUUCACCUCCUCUCUCUACAUGGCAGGCCUUGUUGCCUCAAUUGGGGUAUCUCCGAUUACUAGAAAGUAUGGGAGGAAAGUGAGUAUAGUUUGUGGAGGAAUCAGUUUCUUCAUUGGAGCCACUCUCAAUGCAGCCGCCAUCAAUUUGGCGAUGCUCUUCUUGGGUCGGAUAAUGCUUGGGGUAGGAAUCGGUUUUGGAAAUCAGGCCGUCCCUUUAUAUCUCUCUGAGAUGGCCCCUACUCACCUUAGAGGAGGCCUCAACAUGAUGUUUCAACUUGCUACGACAGUGGGUAUAUUCACGGCAAACAUGACAAACUAUGGCACUGAAAAAAUCAAACCAUGGGGUUGGAGGCUCUCCUUAGGCCUUGCUGCUGCACCUGCUCUCCUAAUGACAAUUGGUGGCCUCCUCCUUCCUGAAACUCCCAAUAGUCUCUUAGAACAUGGCUUCAACGAAAAAGGGAAAAGGACAUUAGAAAGAAUCAGAGGUACAUCAAAUGUCAGUGCAGAGUUUCUAGACAUGAUUGAGGCCAGUGAGCUUGCGAGGUCAAUUAAACACCCUUUUAGAAACAUUUUACAAAGAAGAAAUCGACCGCAAUUGGUCAUGGCCAUAUUUAUGCCCACCUUCCAGAUAUUGACGGGCAUAAAUUCGAUUCUUUUCUAUGCUCCUAUUCUGUUUCAGAGCUUGGGUUUUGGUGGAAAUGCUUCAUUGUAUUCUUCUGUUUUGACUGGAGCUGUUCUGGCUUUGUCGACUCUGGUUUCAAUUGCCACUGUUGAUAAAUGGGGUAGACGAGCAUUGCUGAUAGGUGGAGGCAUACAGAUGAUCAUUUGCCAGAUUAUCGUGGCAACCAUACUGGGUCUUAAAUUUGGAGCCGAUAAAGAAUUAUCUCAGGGAUUCUCAGUGGCCGUUGUGGUGUUUAUAUGCCUAUUUGUGGCUGCCUUUGGGUGGUCUUGGGGUCCUCUUGGGUGGACAGUUCCUAGUGAGAUAUUCCCUCUGGAGACUCGAUCAGCUGGCCAAAGCAUAACCGUGGCUGUAAACCUCUUCUUCACAUUUGUUAUUGCUCAAAGUUUUCUCUCUCUACUUUGCUUCUUCAGGUUUGGGAUCUUCCUAUUCUUUGCUGGAUGGAUUACAGUGAUGACCAUAUUUGUCUACGUUUUUUUGCCUGAGACCAAGGGGGUUCCCAUUGAAGAGAUGAUCCUUUUGUGGAGAAAACAUUGGUUUUGGAAAAAAAUUAUGCCCCCUUUGCCAGAAUGGGCUGAUAAUAGACAGACUGCGACGUUAUCUGAUUGUGAACGCGCAGAAGAUGUGGAUUAACAAAGGAUUAAUGCUGUUUCCUCAAGGUGGGGAAAAUGUAAAGUUAUCAGAAUUCACAGAUGAAGAAGAUGGUUUUACAACUUAUUUCCUACAAGGAGGGCUAACACUUUUACUGGAGGAGGAAAGAUCUGUAUUCUCUUCAGUUCGAUCUUACUGGUGAAAAAAUAAAUAGUCACUGUUUAAGUUUUUGUUAGAUAUGAUAAAUUUGAUCAUCUGGAUUACAGGAACAUGAUAGUUGGGGUUGUCAAUAAUAUUUUAUGCCUUGUUGCUGCAAUAUGUAUCAUGAAUCUACUCAACCCCCAUAAAGAAAUCCUGACUGAGCCCGACGAGGCAACUUCUCUC